CGCACGAGGAAACGCUCCGUGGCCUGCGCGGUGACGUCACCACGCAGGGAAGCGCGAUGGCGGCGGCCUCUGCUUCCACGUCGCACCGCGACCGGGCCGCCUUCACCUCUUCGCCCCCCGCCUCCUCGGUGUCGUGGGAGGCGAUGCGCGGCCUGGCCGAGCUGGGGCAGCUGCAGCGCGACUACGAGCGCCUGUGCCGCGACGAGGAAGAAGUCACAGCUGAACUGGACUCAUUGCUGGAGAAGCAGAGUGGAUUGGAGUCAAAAAUGGGCUCUCUGCAUCGCAUGCGACCAAACCUGCAGCUGAUUGAAGGGGAUGCCUCUCAGCUCGCUGGAAUGAUCAACUUCACCUGCAACCUGGCCGAGAACAUCAGCAGCAAAGUCCGCCAGCUGGACCUGGCCAAGACGCGCGUGUACCAGGCGAUCCAGCGCGUGGACGAUAUCCUGGACCUGGCGCUGUGCACCGACGGGGUGCAGGCCGCUCUCAACAGCGAGGACUACGAGACGGCCGCGGGCCACGUUCACCGCUUCCUCUCGCUGGACAAGUCCGUGCUGGAAAUGAGUUGCGAUGGCAGGGACGGUGGGAUGGCGGACACAAACCUCGGCCUGCUGCAAGACGCCGAGAAGAAACUGAAGGCCAUCGUGGUGGUGCGGUUUGACGCGGCCAUAAAGGAGGGAAACCUGCCGCAAGUGGAGCGCUUCUUCAAGAUCUUCCCCCUGCUGGGCCUUCACGACGAAGGCCUCAGCAAGUUUGCGCAGUACCUCUGUGCCCAGGUCGCCAUCAAGGCGGAGGAGAACCUACAGCUCGCCAUGACCACGGAUGUGGGCGAUAAGCGAGCCGGCGUCAUUUUUGCAGACACCCUCACCCUGCUCUUUGAAGGAAUCGCUCGCAUAGUGGAAACGCACCAGCCCAUCGUGGAGACAUUCUACGGGCCCGGCCGCCUAUUUGUCCUGCUCAAGCACCUGCAGGGGGAGUGUGACCGGCAGGUGCAGCGUGUCGUCGACAGAUUCACGGAGCAUCGUCACUACGAGCAGAAGUUGAAGCGCGUGGAGGGCAGCUUGCUGAGAGGCUCCCAGCUGGAGAGGAUCGCGCCGAGGGAGUUGGACACGAUCCUGGGAGAGAUGAGCGUGAUGAAUGCUCGCGCCGAGCUCUACCUGCGUUUCGUGCGGCGCCGCGUGCUCGCUGACCUGGAGGUGUGCGACGCCGACGCCAGCGAGGAAACACGCAACGGGCACCUGUCUGCGCUGGAGAAGCUGAUAAACAACUGCGUGCUGAGCCGCAGCAUGCAGGAGCUCAUGUGCUCUUACAUCACCAUGGAAGAGUACUUCAUGCGAGAGACCGUCAAUAAGGCUGUGGCGAUGGACACGGUGGAGAAAGGGCAGCUCACGUCCAGCGUGGUGGACGACGUGUUCUACAUCGUCAAGAAGUGCAUUGGACGAGCCAUGGCCAGCUCCAACAUUGACUGCCUGUGUGCCAUGAUCAAUCACGCGACCACACUGCUCGAUGAGGACUUCCGGGAGGUACUCAACACGAAGCUGCGCGUGGGCUUCCCAGCGACGACGCUGCAGGACAUCCAGCGCGGCGUUAGCAGCGCCGUGAGCCUCAUGCAGAGCAGCCUGCAGCAGGGCAAGUUCGAGGCGCGCGGCAUUGAGAGCACCGAGGAGGCAAAGCAGUCAUUCCUGGUGACACUGAACAACACGGAGGUGUGCAGCGACAACAUCCAGACCCUCAAGAAGACGCUGGAGGCUGACUGCCAGAUGUUGCUUAAUCAAGGUACCAAGAGUGAGCAGUCCCGUGCCAAAGUGGACAGCUGUCUCUUAGACCUGGUGUCUGUCUCCAACCAUUUCAAGGAUCUCUUGCAGGAGGGUCUGGCAGAGCUGAACAACGCAGCCAUCAUGCCGCAAGUGAAGCCUUGGAUGAACGACUUCCUGCUCGUCUCGCACAACAUCGAGGAGGAGGAAUUCAAUGACUACGAAGCCAACGACCCCUGGGCUCAGAAGUUCAUCGUUAAUUUCGAGCAGCUGAUGGCAGAGUUCAAGGCGGCCGUGUCGCCCUCCAUAUACGACAGCCUCAUUGGACUCGCGACGGGCCUCAUCAGCCAGGAGAUGGAGCGCUGCGUGCAUAAAACCACAUUCAGCCGGCUGGGAGGACUGCAGUUUGACAAGGAGCUGAGGGCACUGGUGGCCUACCUCACCUCCAUCACGACCUGGACCAUCCGUGACAAGUUCGCUCGGCUCACACAGAUGGCCACCAUCCUCAACCUGGAGCGGGUGACGGAAAUCCUGGACUACUGGGGCCCAAACUCGGGGCCACUUACGUGGCGGCUCACUCCCGCUGAGGUGCGGCGCGCCCUGUCGCUGCGCGCCGACUUCCGCAGUGAGGACAUCAAGCGACUGCGCCUCUGAGCGCGCAGCGGGCCAGGACCUGCCGAAUGUUACGCUCGAGCGCUCGUCACAAGCACACAGCAAUAGCGCAUCACACACGCACAGCAAUAGCGCAUGCACACUCGGUGCACAAAAGCACGCCACAUCAUGGCAGUCCACAGGGCAUUGGUCACCUAGUGUGGUGCACAAUAGCACCACGACAUGUUGCAUUACGUGACACUACACAACCACAGAAUUUCAGCUCUAAAGUUCUAUAUAUUUUUUGUUAUUAUAUUUGUUUACCCAGAAAGCAUUAGGGGGUGAUGAUUGCUAUGUAUAUUCCAAACAAGUAAUUUGCGGCUCUUUUCCGAACUUGUAACAUUUCGACCAAGCCACCAACACACAAUGGCCCACUUGUUCCAAAUGAUGUCAGGGGAUCUUAAAUGUCCACUGUGAAGUGGGCAAGGCACAUAUUUAUUGGUGAAAAUGCGCUUAAUGCAUAAAAAUGCAUUAAUCCAACAUGUUGUGCACUACAUAAAAUUGUUUGAUGCAGUCGCAGAGAAAAGUUGUGGCAACAGCUUUCCACUCACAAUGCAAUUACCCUAUUGCACGAAUCGAGAUCCGUCCGCAAGGGGGGAGAAAUUGUCCUCGGGUUAUUUUCGAACUCUGCCCAUGGUCUUUGUAAUAUCAGUAAAGUUCAAAUCAGUGUUUGUCGCUUUCAGAGAAGAUCACCAAAUCCUCAAAUGCAUUCAACGUUGAAGAAAUUAUCGUGUACUGUGUUUUCGUUAGCACAGUGUAACAAGAUUUAAUACUUUGGUAUAUGCCAUUUGUGGAAAGGGUUGGCAGAAAUUUCGCAACAACAUCCAUCAUAUAACAUAUUUUUUGCACAGGUCCAGAGGAUGAAAUGAAAUCUUCUUAGUCCCGUACAAAGUAAGUUUUUUUACAGGUGACGUGUAGCAAAGUAGGUGAAGCAGACGUCAGGUUUCUCGAGUUCCAGAGGUGGGAGGGUGAGCUGGAGAGAGUGGGGUGAAGGGGGUUCAAAGGAGGUGGAUAUGAGGAAGAGGAGAAAUCGAAGAGGUAUAGAGAAUGAGUGGAGUUAGGGUGGGGCAGACGUGAGUACAAGAGGGUGAGAGAGCGGGGAGAGCGUGAGAGCAGAAGAGUGGCGCGAGGGAGAAGAGGACAGAGAGAUCACAGGAGUUCGACAUGGACGGGUUGCAGAGUUGGUGACGCGGCUGUUGAGGAAACACGUGCUGUACAAACUCUGCACUCGGGGCUGUAAAAAAAGGUGUACUCAACCUCGCAGUGAUGAGAAGCGUGCAUUUAGUUCUUUUUUUGUUCCUCCCAUUGUACAAACGUGAGUGUACAUAAAUUGAUGAAUAAAGGUGACGGCUGACAAA